UAUUGUCCGCCACUCAGCCUAUGAUCCGUUACCGUCGGCCGCAUUAAUCUCAAUGACAUAUUCGGCGAUCGGCUCUAAUCGCGGAUUUGACGAAUUGGUUAAUCAUCACAUCAAUGUUGUCCACGAACCUCGAGAGUACAUGUCUUGGGAUCCAAACAGCGUUUUAGGCAUUUCAAUGGAUUCAGGGAUUAUUAAAUCGAAGCGAGAAUUUAAUCGACUCCAUCAGUGGUUAGCGAUUAACGGAUAUAGCCAUCAGUUUGUGGAUCAAAGAGAUGUGGAUACGGUUGCGGUGACGAGACAUAACCCGAUAACUCACGAGUCUGUUGUUCUGGUGGCGCGAACCGCCUUUCAUAAGCCCAAUGAUCCCAAAGCGAGUCCAUAUCUGAAUCCUCUUCGAAUCGAUGGUCUAAUCGAUAAAAUAUUAUUUGAAACUCGAAUGACUGGCGAACCAGAAGACGAUUUUGUUAGAAAUAAACAGUUCAUCAAUGGUUUACAAGAAUUUAGAUCUGAUUUGAAAAGUGAUAUUCCUUUAGAAGACAGCGAAAUGAUUAAAGCCAAUAGAAUUGGUGACUCUUAUGAGAUAAUAUUCACUCAAUUUCCGCCCUCUUCUGUCAUUGCAUUUAAAGUGUCGUUUAGUUCCUAUCAUUUGAAUGCCGUUCAGAAGACAAAUCAAUUGAUUCAACAAUUAGAGGACAACAAGAGUGACAUCAAUGUCCUGAUAUCUAAGUUGUCAUUAAAUGACUUGAAUUUCGUAUUGUUUCGCUGCAAUCACGAAGAAGCGGAUGACAUAUCUGGUGGCGCCUAUGGGUUGCCAACUAUGGGACAAAUGAAUUAUUGCGGAAUCGCUAGUGUUAUCUACUAUUUAAGACAUAUCAGAACUGAGAAUGAUUUGGGACAUCCGCUGUGCGGUAACCUAAGGGACGGCAAUUGGCUCAUGGAUUACAUCGUUAAUAGACUGAAGAAGAAUUCCAAAACAAUAGCAUUGUCUGAAUGGCUGUCCAAUGCAUUCACUUCAUUGUCACAAAUUCCUCGAUAUCUAAUUCCACGUUAUUUUGAUUCAAUCAUAACCCGAAUCUAUACAUCCAUUUUGGAUCAGAUUUGGCUUAAAUCUUCGCCAUUUGUGCGAAACGGAUCCAAAUUUGUACAGCUCUUGACUUUGGGAGGUCUGGCGCUUAUCGGCACAAACAAGACAGCAGUUUUGCCGCCACUUUCACCCAAAGUUGCGGACGAGUCGCAGCUGUUGCCCACUUUGGCCGCAGGUCUGCCACACUUUAGCUCCGGAUAUAUGCGGUGUUGGGGUCGCGACACUUUCAUCGCUGUAAAAGGCCUUCUCAUACUGACGGGUCGGUACACCGAAGCCAAGCAUAUAAUACUGGGUUUUGCGGGGACUCUAAGACACGGUUUGAUUCCCAAUCUAUUGGACGGCGGGAAGAAUUCUCGGUAUAACGCCAGGGAUGCCGUUUGGUGGUGGUUGCAGGCCAUCAAAGACUAUUGCCUUCUUGUCCCAAAUGGUGUCCAAUUAUUGUCAGAACCGGUGCGACGACUAUAUCCGACCGAUGAUUCGCUGGCACUUCUCAGCGCCGACACUAUAGUGGAAGAACCGCUCUAUAAAACGAUUCAAGAGUCCCUUCAAAGACAUUUCAGUGGUAUUGAUUUCAUCGAAAGAAAUGCGGGAAAACGAAUUGAUGAACACAUGACUGAAGGAGGAUUUCACAUCAAAGCAGGCGUUUCACGUGAAACUGGAUUUGUGUUCGGCGGCAAUGAACACAACUGCGGCACUUGGAUGGACAAAAUGGGUUCAUCACAAAAGGCCGGCAAUAAGGGCCGUCCCAGUACUCCGCGAGACGGUUCAGCCGUUGAGUUGAUAGGUCUGAGCAAAUCUGUGGUCACUUUUUUGGCCGAAUUGUCCGACAAAAAGCAAUACCCGUUCAGUGGAGUCACUGAAAGUGACGGAAAAGAGUUUUCGUUUAAGGAAUGGAGUCUUAAAAUUAAGGAUAAUUUUGAGAAAUAUUUUCAUAUUUCUGCCGAUUCUGACGAUAAGCUGAUUAAUCGUCGGCUCAUAUAUAAAGAUACGUUUGGCGCCACUAUUGAGUGGAUGGACUAUCAGCUCAGACCUAACUUUUUGGUGGCAAUGGCUGUCGCGCCCGAACUCUUUCAUAGAAACAAUGCUAUCGAAGCCCUCAAAAUUGUUAGAGAAGUAUUGAUUGGUCCGUUAGGCGUGAAAACACUUGAUCCCAGGGAUUUAAAAUAUUGUGGAGAUUAUGACAAUAGCAACGAUUCGGAUAAUAGAGAGUUAGCACACGGGGCUAACUAUCAUAACGGACCGGAAUGGUUGUGGCCUUUGGGCUAUUAUUUGGAGGCAUUGCUUAAAUUCAAUGACAACACACAACAGACCGUCAAUUAUAUCCAGAAUCUGUUGUCAACACAUUUUCAAUACAUAGAAUCGAGCGAUUGGUUCGGUUUACCAGAGCUGACCAACAAAGACGGCUCUAAUUGUAGGGACAGUUGUCCGAUACAGGCCUGGUCUCACUCAACACUACUUCAAGUGUUGCAUUCAAUUGAUUCACUUUAAUUGCAUUACAAAUUAUAUUCAGGGAAUUAAAGGUUUUAAUAAAAUAAUACUCAACUAUAUUCUG